CUCAUCUCGAAUGGACAAAAAAGAAAAUCUCAACAUCCAGGCAUCCUUCCACGACUCCACGUCUCCACCGCAGCUUCGUCUCCUGUCACUCCCUCGUCGUCACCCUCCCUGGACUCCCGCGGAGUGGAGAUCCAUCCGGGCUUGGAUUGAUCUCUAGUUCCUUCGGUGGUCGUUACUACUUGCUUGCUAGGUCGCCAGUAUGGGGCUGGCGAAGGAUGGCGCCGAGAUGGAGGAGGGGACCUUGGAGAUCGGCAUGGAGUAUAGAACUGUCUCUGGUGUGGCAGGGCCACUGGUUAUCUUGGACAAAGUAAAGGGCCCAAAGUAUCAGGAAAUUGUGAACAUUCGUUUGGGAGAUGGCACCACUCGUCGUGGCCAAGUCCUGGAAGUCGAUGGUGAAAAGGCUGUUGUGCAGGUCUUUGAAGGUACCUCAGGGAUAGACAACAAGUAUACUACUGUGCAGUUUACAGGCGAGGUUCUAAAAACUCCUGUCUCACUUGAUAUGCUUGGGCGCAUUUUUAAUGGUUCUGGAAAACCUAUUGAUAAUGGUCCCCCAAUAUUGCCUGAGGCUUACCUGGAUAUUUCUGGAAGUUCUAUCAACCCCAGUGAGAGAACCUAUCCAGAAGAGAUGAUUCAAACAGGAAUAUCCACCAUUGAUGUGAUGAACUCAAUUGCACGUGGGCAAAAAAUUCCUCUCUUUUCUGCUGCUGGGCUUCCUCACAAUGAAAUUGCUGCUCAGAUAUGUCGUCAGGCUGGUCUUGUUAAAAGACUGGAGAAUUCUGGCAAGCAUGCAGAGGGUGGUGAAGAUGACAACUUUGCCAUUGUGUUUGCUGCUAUGGGAGUAAAUAUGGAAACAGCCCAAUUUUUCAAACGUGACUUUGAAGAAAACGGUUCAAUGGAGCGGGUCACUCUUUUUCUGAAUCUGGCAAAUGAUCCUACUAUUGAACGUAUUAUCACUCCUCGAAUUGCUCUAACAACAGCCGAAUAUUUGGCAUAUGAAUGUGGGAAGCAUGUUCUCGUCAUUCUGACAGAUAUGAGCUCAUAUGCAGAUGCACUUCGAGAGGUAUCAGCAGCACGAGAAGAGGUGCCUGGUAGGCGUGGUUAUCCUGGUUAUAUGUAUACUGAUCUGGCGACCAUAUAUGAGCGUGCUGGGCGUAUUGAAGGAAGAAAAGGCUCAAUUACUCAAAUUCCUAUUCUAACUAUGCCUAAUGAUGAUAUCACGCAUCCAACUCCGGAUCUUACAGGAUACAUUACUGAAGGACAGAUAUACAUUGAUAGACAGCUCCAUAAUAGACAGAUAUACCCACCCAUCAACGUUCUGCCAUCUCUCUCUCGUUUGAUGAAGAGUGCUAUUGGUGAGGGUAUGACACGCCGAGAUCAUUCAGAUGUGUCCAACCAGCUUUAUGCCAACUAUGCAAUUGGGAAGGAUGUUCAAGCUAUGAAAGCUGUUGUUGGAGAGGAGGCCCUUUCAUCCGAGGAUCUGCUCUAUCUAGAAUUUCUUGAUAAGUUUGAGAGGAAGUUUGUAACACAAGGAGCAUACGACACUCGAAACAUUUUUCAGUCACUUGAUUUGGCAUGGACAUUGCUUCGCAUCUUCCCUCGUGAACUUCUCCAUCGGAUUCCUGCAAAGACCUUGGAUCAAUACUACAGCAGGGAUGCCGCCCAUUGAUCUAUUUAUCCAGAGCUAACACACACACACAUGAAGUUUUCCAAGUACCAGCUUGAAUAACAUCGAGAAGAGUUUAAACUUGUAUCUUCUUGCUACUGUAGUCAUCCUAUUAUUUUCAGUCUUAGGGCACGAGUUAUAUCCACACGCCUUGUGCACUGGCGGCUUUUGUAAUAUUAUCAUUAUGCCAUGUAUACUUAAAUCCCAUGCUAGAGCUCUUUCGGUUUCAUUUGUAGGAACUGUUUAGCAACAACAAUGCAACACUGGAAAGCCCUAUUGGCUGAAAUGCUCUGGUGUGUUGUUUGUAUUUACUUUCCCUUUGUGAGUGCAUCAAAUAAUGUUUUCAUGCAUUUAUUUCCAAGUGUAAAGAAGAUGUA